AUGUCCUCUAACAGUUCGGCUCCAAAAAUGAAACACGAAACAGGUCAUUUCACUCCCAUGCAGGCGGCAGAUUUGUCCGCCACGGAUGAAGAUAAUGAUCUGCGUUCUAAGUUGCGCUCUAAACUUACGUCCGAAUCCGACGACUUCCUAGGCCAAACAAUAAUUGAUGUCCGAACGCUCUCCGGCGAAAUGGAUGUUUGGUAUAAUCUGGAAAAGCGAACCGACAAGAGCGCGGUCUCUGGUGCUAUCCGGCUUCACAUCUCGGUUGAGAUCAAAGGCGAGGAGAAGGUUGCUCCAUACCAUGUCCAGUACACCUGCCUCCACGAGGUAUGUCUGGCCAGGUUUUUAUUGCUUAUUGCAUUCACGUGGAUAUUAGUGUGA